GCAUUGUGAGAAGUGGAUAGAGCAAGACAGGGAGAUUUGUAAUAACGUGUUACUGAGAUUCUACUUGCGUUUCAUUGUGUUAAUUUCAUUUAAUUAUAUUUCGUUAAAUAAAUUCCACUAAUCAUUUCAUCUAUUAAAAUCAUUCUACAGGAGCAUUCAUGUUCUAGCUCACAGGCAGUAUUUUAUAAAUACUACGCGACUGCACGUGAAAGAAACACGUUGAAAGGCCGAGUUACGUGGUUCGUCGGUUUACGAGACGGCGCGCCGUUCGUGUACCAAAAAUAAUCGUAACAUCUCACCGGCCUCUCGAGUUUUAAGAAGUUUCAAAGUUGAACCAGCGCGAACGUGGAGACCGGUAUGGUGACUUGUAUUCUUAUGGUGAACACGUAAUGAGAUGAUGCAGUCGAAUUUGCGACAGUUUUUUUGGGGUUAGGCAGGGCGCAAGUGAAUUUCGAUCGCGAACAAUGCGACCGAGAAUCGAUACCCGUUCGAUGGUUUUCCUCGUUUACCUACUCAGCGCUAGUUGCAUCGCUAAAGACUCUUACACCGUUAGACGAUGGGCCGAAACCUUAGGUGCCGAAUUAUGGGAACUCGCGGAAAAAGUGGCACGACCCGAGGAAUUAUUGAGCAAUAUAUUUAGAUAAGCGAAGAAAUAAAAAAGUGUGGGAGAAAGAAGAAAGCGAAGAGAUAAACGACCGCAUCGACGUAUCAACGUAUGAUAAAUUAACGCUUCAAAUAGUCACUCUGAUGAUAACAACGUCGUUCCUUCUUACCAGGAGAUGUCGCUAGUGAUACCUUUAGAAGAGGUGACGCAUUUUUUUAAAAUAAAUGUUUUGUUAUUAAAAGAGGUAAACAUCUUACAUAAGUAAAUGUAUGGCGUGAAGAUAAAAUGAAGUUCUUUUAAUAAUUUAUUUAAUACAAUAUUUAAAUGAUUUUAUUACUUAUGCUAUUUUAUUAUAUAGAAAAUAUAGGCAAGGAAAGAAUCCAUUAUGGUCGACGGUAAAGAAAUGGCGUUACAUUACCAUCGCAUCCCUCGUCGGUGACGUUAUUAAUAGAAGCAAGCAAACAUUUGUAAUACAAUAGGUCAGGGAUUCCCAAACUUUUAUAGAGAGAGAUCAUUUUUGUGAAUGCAUAGAUGACACUGUUCCAAAAAUCCCAUCACCGAAACUUUGGGAAUCUCUGCAAUAGGCUAUCGCUUCCAUCACACGCCCUAGAUAGAGCAUUAUUAAUGUUCUAUGGCUAGAAUGCAUUUUCACAAAAACUCGGUUUCAAAUCUAUCAAUAGAAAAGCUCCAGGGGUAACAUUGUUCCACUCCACGAUGCUUAUGCACCGUAUCUAGUAAUUAGUUACAGACUGUUAGCGAGAAUGGAUUAUUACCACGUAAAAGUGCAGCUGUUGCGUCGGUGAUCCAGGUGAAAGCUGGACCAUUGUCGAAAUAAAGAACAGCUGACAUUCGUGUCACCUUUGUUUUCCUAAAAUAGCGAUUUCCAUUGAUACUCGUUGCCCCUUUUCGUACAAUGAAAAGUCGAUUUUGAGAUUACAAUGAUACACACUGACUCCAUAUUCGUUGCUCGAGAAAUGCAUGAUACGAUAGGAAUGCGUGAAGCGGCGUACAAAAAGAAAGAGCGGUUUCGGAACAAGAAAUUAGUAAUACGACCUUUGUAGACUAACCGGGAGAAAAAGAGACGGCGGAAUCCAGGUCAAAGGCAAAAAAGAAGCUCGCGUAUAACUGUACCUCCGAAUAAAUUGCAGAAAUACAAAGCGAUGAACACGCGAGUGGAGGAUAAGUCCGGGGAGGAAUUGGUGAGCAUAAUCAGCGAAAACGUCGGCAGGAUGCUCAGAAGGAAGAUGGACGCGGUGACCUGCAUCCGUAUGAAGGCCGAGGAGCAAGCGGAAAAUUGGGAAGACGAACUGGGCAGCAACUUCACCUACGUUUCCGGAAAGUACAGCAAGGUGAACAACGAGAAUGCAACGAUUCCGGAGAACAUGGAGAAAAAUAUUGAUUAUUACAGACCUAUAGAAUUGACAGCGGAUUCGCAUUUCUACAACAUACCGGUAAACACGAGCUUCUCCUCCGUGCAUGUACCAACGAACGUGUAUGAUCUGUCACCCGCGGUAGCCGAGGACAUCAAGAAGACCGAGAUUCUUGACAGAAUCUUUGUGCAGAACUACGAGUCAGACCCAGCAUUAUCGUGGCAGUAUUUUGGUUCCGUCUCGGGGAUGUUGAGGCAGUAUCCUGCCAUGCAGUGGAGAACAAAUCCUACAGAGGGCGAGGAGGAUGAGGACGGAGAAGGGGCUGACAUUUAUGAUUGCAGAGUGCGCAGUUGGUUUAUAGAGGCAGCAACUUGCAGCAAAGAUAUGGUAAUCCUUAUGGACACCAGCGGUAGCAUGACCGGCAUGGGAAAGACCAUAGCUAGAACAACGGUGAACGUGAUUUUGGACACUUUGUCGAAUAACGAUUUUGUAACCGUACUAAGUUACACGAACGAGACGUAUGAUAUGGUGCCCUGCUUCAAAGAUAUGCUGAUCCAAGCUACUCCGGAAAACGUAGACACGUUCAAGAAAUCGCUAUACAGCGUUAAAACCGAGGGUCUCGCCAAUCUGACCGAGGCGUUCAACAGGGCGUUCAGUCUUCUGAAGAUUUACAGGGAGACACGAGGAUGCGAUGCGAACACACCGUGUAAUCAGCUGAUUAUGCUCGUCACCGAUGGUGUUCCUGGAAAUCUGACCGAGGUUUUCAGAGCGUGGAACUGGAAUGACAACGACACACACGUGCCCGUGAGAGUGUUCACAUACCUCCUAGGAAAGGAAGUAACUAAAGUACGGGAAAUUCAAUGGAUGGCCUGUCUGAAUCGUGGUUAUUACACGCACGUGCAUACUCAAGAGGAAAUUCGGGAGCAGGUGUUAAAAUAUAUCCCCGUAGUCGCGCGUCCUCUGGUUCUUCAGGAUGUGGUGCAUCCUGUAGUUUGGACACACGCCUACGCCGACGUUACGAAUCCAGCACUCGCCACUUGGCUGUGGCUGGUGAUGGAGCACCAGGAGCAAGAAUCCAGGCUUCAAAAGCAUCUGAAAGGGAAGCGUCUGGGCGUGCGAAUAAACGAGGACGAAAUCUACAUAACACAGCUCCACAAAGACGAGGACGUUCGACUAGAUCCAUCCACGCUGAACACGACAUCCUGGCAGGAGUAUAGGCUUCUCACCUCUGUUAGCACGCCCGUGUUCGACCGUAAAGGAAAUCGCAACAACCGAACGAGGAUAGCAAAUUUACUAGGCGUGGCUGGUACGGAUGUGCCAAUUGAUGACAUACGAAAGCUCACGUUGCCGUACAAACUCGGUGUGAAUGGCUACGCCUUUAUCGUGUCCAACAACGGAUACGUGAUAUUGCAUCCGGACUUGAGACCCGUCUCCGGGGGUAAAUUGAAGCUGAAUUACAACAGCGUUGAUCUCACGGAAGUGGAGAUCUUGGACGAUGGUCGUGGGCCAAGGAACCCCGGGCCAGAGGUGUUGGAGCUCCGCGCGGCACUGGUGGAUCACAAAAGGGGCAGCAUGAAAGGGAUACCCGUGAAAUUGCAUUACGAUGACAACCGUCGGGUAACUUUGGAAAAACGUGAUUACUUCUACGCUCCUCUUCCCGGAACGCCUUUCGGUCUUGCGGUCGCUAUACCAAACUAUGGCACAACUUGGAUCAAGGUAGGGAACGAAAUCCGUAGGAACCAAAAUUUAAAUUUGAACAUCUCCGAAUUCUUCUUGGGCGACAAUUGGCGAGUGCACCCCGGUUGGGUCUACUGCCGUUUCCAUUAUCUGGAAGGACACGAAUUCGAAACACCUGAAGAAGAGUUAAGACACUUCCUGGAUUUGUUAAAUCGGCCAGGCUGGACUUGGUCAGAGCAAUACGAGGCUUAUACUUCGACCGAGAAUGAAACCAAUUGUGGAAGACAGACUCUAUUGCACGAAGACUAUUAUUGCAAUAAAGAAUUGAUGGAGUUACUGGUUUUCGAUGCGAAGGCUACGAACGCUAGCUUCGACGAUACCUUCGUGUUUGAUGAAACACGAGCGAAAAACUUGGCCGAAAUUUAUGGAAUAUUCUUGAGAUUUGUCGCCACACAGAGUGGUUUGACUAGGUGGCAUCACUUGGAUACGAAUAGGUUGCCUGUAGAGGAUGAUGGAAUUGCCUUCGGUGAUCUUCACAGGAGGGCCGUCAACGAGCCUUGGUACAAAGGCGCUAUUUUUCAGAAUGUUCAAGAUCCUAAUAGCAUUUCACUAUCAGUUCCUUGGGAAGCAGGGUACGACGCCAUAGUAACUGUAUCAAUUGGAAUAUUCCCUAAAGACGGUGGCAAAACAGCACCAGCGGCAGUGAUUGGUUUUCAAAUGCCAAUGACGGAUCUCUAUGAGCGAUUCAUUCAGUUAACUUCAGGGCCGAGCAACGCGACCAUGAACUGCGCCCACCAAUGGAUAGAUUGCUACUUACUCGAUCAGAACGGCUACGUGGUUAUAUCAGAAGCACACAAUGAUACAGGUCAAUUCAUGGGCACACAGGAAGGGGCAGUAAUGAAUUCUAUGGUUGGUCAGGGUCUUUACAAUCCGGUCGACAUCUAUGAUUAUCAAGCUUGGUGCAAAGAAAUUCGUAUCAGGGAUGCGGCCAGCGUUCUGACGGAUCCGUUCGUGUACGUCUGGAAGCUGUUGGUCUGGUUUCUGCUGCGUCUGACGUGGUUCACGACCCAGUUUUCGAAUUUGCCAGCCACCUACGCCAAAGUUCACUUAGACGAGGACGCCCCGGCCCCUCCCCCGCCGCCCCGACCCUAUAACUACUAUUAUCCUUGCGAUCAGAAGAGAACUUUGUACAUGAUGAACUAUACGAUCGCUGAAGAGGGUAUUACCAAUCAUUCGGAUUAUUGUUCGAGACCGUUCUACGCACGAAGGGUACCGCACACAAAUUUAUUGUUGGUGGUGGUGGACGCAAUGUAUCCAACCUGCUACAAAAGAUUAGAGGUAACACCCGUGAACAUCUCGCCGCUUGAGUACACAAAUGGCACGGAAAGCGCGCCUUGCCAUAAAAUUCCAUUGAACGACCUUAAAAGAAGGCGCCUGGAAGGCUGUUUCACCGAGCAUCCCUUGGAAUACGAGAUAGAGGAUUGUGGCGGAGCAUCAGGACUGACCGUUUCUUUGCUGCCUAUCUCCAUUGUUGUUGCUAGGAUCUUAUGGACUUUUGGAUAACCGAGAAAAGAAUAUUCUAAUCUCACCGGUGUCGAUUUUCUUGCGAUUCUACUGCAGUGUUGAAUUCUAGUCAUGACAAUAAUGCAUUUCUUUAUGUCACUAAAGUAUAAAUAUGUUUUUGUAUUGAUUUCAUUAUUAAUAUUGCUUUUUAAAAAGAAUCCGAGAAGAUGAACAUGAAAGCAAGCAAUUAAAGUGUUGUUAAGCUGAA